GGACAGGCAGUAGUGUCGAAGAGAUGACCAGAGCUACAGCGGUGAGGAAUAUUGGAUAUAUAAUCGGGUGUUUAGUAGGAGGUAUUCUAUUCGACCGAUUUCGGAAAACUUGGGAUCUUCAGUUAUCUUCGGGAUUUUUGCUGUUGGCAGUUUCUGUUGCUUUCAAGCCCUGGUGUAGAGGUAUCGUAUCGUUAGCAGUUCUUUACUGGCUGGAAGGUGUAUCCCAUGGCAUUUUUGGAAUAGCUGGCAAUGGGAUGAUGAUAGCCAUAUGGGGAGGAAAUACACCGGCCCCACUACAGGCCAUGCACUUUGGGAGUAGGAUCGGGUCGUUGGCAGCGCCUGCUCUGGCGUAUCCUUUCCUCAGCGCUACCCGUGGGGAAGCUCUCUACGCCAAUGCAACCGUACCUAACAACAACGGGACUGAACUCACGUUUGCAUCCAACAUCGAGGUACCAUAUGUGAUAAUUGGAGGA